AUGAAGCAGCUCAGCCCAGGCGCCACCCUCGGGGAGGUGCCAAACUUCCCGCAGGACUUGCAGCCGGACCAGUCGACGUACAAGGGCCGCUUCCUUCGCUUUCUCUCCAUGACGGACCCUCGCACCCUCCUCACGUCGCCGACGCGGCUGGCGCUGAGCGAGGCGCUGCUCGAGCGUGUCGACCGCCGUGAGGAGGGCUGGGCCACAGUGAAGGUGGCCGACUACCUUGACGCGCGGCAGCGGGUGCAGUGCAUCGUCCACCCCGAGUCGGGGAAGCCCAUCCUUAUGCCGUUCCGGUUCUCCAUGUUCGUGCCGAUGAACUUCAUCAACCUAUGUGGUAUGCUGGCGCCAUCGCAGCAGACCCCCGCGCGGGCCAUGUUCUGGCAGUUCUCGAAUCAGACGUACAACGUCGGCUUCAACUACUGCAACGGCAGCGGCAAGGACGGGCUGCCGCUGCAUGAGCUCGCCAUAAGCUACGUCGUGGCCACAUGCACCGCGUGUGGCACCUCGUACCAGCUCAGUAAGGUCGCCUCCGCUGUCUCGGCGUCCACGUCGUCGGCGGCACUGCUCCUGCAGCUGAUGAUCCCGUACACCGCCGUGGCGUGUGCAAACAUUGCGAACCUUGGGGUCAUUCGGUUCCGCGAUGUGCUGCGCGGCAUUGCCGUGCAAGACCCGGAGACGGGUAAAGACCUGAACGACGGCAAGCCGUCGGCCAUGGCCGGCCGCCUCGCUGUGGCGCAGGUAGCGCUCAGCCGCGUCAUGAUCCCUGUGCCGCUGAUGCUGCUGCCGCCGGUUUUCAUGAACGCUCUCUUCCACCCGACAAAGGGCGUCCGCUUCUUCGCGCAGCGCCGCGUGCAGCUCUUUCUACCGGUGAACGUGCUGACGCUGGUCAGUGUGCUGUGCGUCGCACUGCCGAUGAGCAUCGCCGUGUUCCCGCAGAAGACGGUGGUGCCCGUGAGCUGGCUGGAGGCGUCCUUCCAGGGGCAGACGAACGCCGCCGGCCACGCCAUCACGCAUGUCGAGUUCAACAAAGGCCUCUAG